AUGUCCUGGAAUGUGGGCGGUGCAGGCAGCAGGGCUUUUCUUCGAGCACUGAAGCUUCUUACCAAUCAGCACAAGCCAGACAUCCUCAUUCUUCUGGAGCCCCAAAUUAGUGGCACGACUGCCGACCUGGUCUGCGAGAAGCUUGGAUACCCGGACAUUGCUCGAGUUGAUGCGAACGGUAGAAGUGGUGGAAUUUGGUUGUGCUGGGACAAGAAAGCUUUUGACGUGGAGAUCACCUCUGCUUGCUUUCAGCAUCUCACGGCUAAGAUUACUUCCGCCAAUCUCUCGAGUUUCCUGCUUACCGCAAUCUAUGCUUCUCCUAAUUAUCAGCUGCAGCCGAGUCUGUGGAAUUCCCUCAUUACCUUCAGCUCCACGAUCUCUCUGCCGUGGUUGUUAACUGGGGAUUUUAAUGCCUUCAGAUCCUUGAAUGAGAAGUCGGGACUCGCCACGACUAGCACGGCUCGUCGCUGCCGAAUCUUUAACAAUUUCAUCGAUCAGGCUAACCUUAUUGAUUUGGGUUUUUCAGGUCCUCGUUUCACCUGGUCAAGAGGAGACACUGCGAGCAAUUAUAAAGCUAGCAGGAUUGAUAGGAGUCUUUGCAACAGCACUUGGAAUGAGUGUUUUCCGAACUCUACUGUGAUCCAUCUUCCGCGUAUGCAAUCGGAUCAUUCCCCUAUCCUCACCUCAAUUGGGGGGCGAAGCCCCACCAACUCUCCUUCUCGCCCUUUUCGCUUUGAGGCCUCUUGGUUAGCUCACGAUGAUUUUGCCUCGUUUCUGACAGGUACUUGGGAUGACGGCAGCCCGUUGCACACAGCAUUGCAAGCCUUUGCAGAUCACCUCAAGGAGUGGAGCUAG